CGCGUUGUCGUGCGGAGCCAUUACCCUCGUCCGCGCUAAAGCAUCGUGCCAUAUUCCCACUCGCGCCCUGAAAUUGACCGCGUUCUCGUAGUUUUAAGUGAAAUAUUAUGAGAGUGAAGACCGAAAUGGACGACGAUGAAAAGGGAAAAUUGUUCGUUGGUGGGUUAUCAUGGGAGACAACCCAAGAAAAUCUCCAACGUUACUUCGGCCGUUAUGGCGAGGUUAUCGAUUGCGUUGUUAUGAAAAACAGUGAAUCUGGACGCAGUCGUGGGUUUGGAUUUGUAACAUUUAGCGAUCCUGCUAAUGUUUCUUUGGUCCUUCAGAAUGGUCCUCAUCAACUUGACGGACGUACGAUUGAUCCAAAACCAUGUAAUCCACGUACUCUUCAAAAGCCAAAGCGCAGUGGUGGCUUUCCGAAAGUCUUUCUUGGUGGCUUGCCAAGUAACGUUACGGAGACUGAUUUAAGAUCUUAUUUUACUCGCUUUGGUAAAGUUAUGGAAGUGGUCAUAAUGUAUGAUCAGGAAAAGAAAAAAUCAAGAGGAUUCGGCUUUCUCAGCUUUGAGGAUGAAGAAGCAGUGGACCGUUGUGUCGCAGAACAUUUUGUCAACCUGAAUGGAAAGCAGGUUGAGAUUAAAAGAGCCGAACCGCGGGACUCAUCGAGCAAAAUGAACGAUAGUCAUCAGGGUCAAUGGGGCCCACCUCAGCAAGGUGGCCCGCCAAUGGGAAUGGCCGGAAAUAUGGGGCCUAUGGGUGGACCAAAUGGUCAGAUGGGUGGACCCAUGAUGGGUGGACCCAUGGGUCCGCCUGGUAAUAUGAUGCAACAAUAUCAGGGUUGGGGUACCAGUCCUCAAACUGGUGGAUAUGCGGGAUACAGCACCCAGUACAAUGCUCAGGGUUGGGGUGCACCACCAGGACCGCCGCAGCAGCAGCAAAUCCCGCCGCCGCCACCGCAUCAAUGGGGUAGUAGCUAUAAUGUUCAACCUGCUGCAGCUACCCAAGGUUAUGGAAGUUAUGGUGGGCCGGCGGCGGCCGCUUCAGGGGGCUACGGGCCCACGGCGGGUACUGGCGGGGCUGCGGGAGGCGGGCCUGGGGGCUCUUGGAGCUCCUGGAACAUGCCACAGAAUGGGCCUCCUCCUGGGACCCAGCCCCCACCCCAGCCCCCUCAGCCUAACUCCUCGCAGCCCAACUCCAACUCGAACCCCUCUGGCCCGCAGGGUGACAUGUAUUCGCGGCAAAAUACCGGUUCAGGUGCUCCAGGAUCUAGCAGCAGUUCAGCCAAGACUCCAGAUUAUACUGGAUAUUCUGCAUACAGUAAUUACGCUGAUACUUCUUAUCCUCAACGUUCGUAUCAAGGAGGAGAAAAUAGUCAAGGCGCCAGAUAUGGAUCGAGCGUUCCUGCUGCGCCAGGAACUGACAACUACGGCAGUGGUGGGCCCCAAAGGGGUUACACAGGAUCUACGACGAACAGCAACAAUUAUCAUCCUUACCGUCGCUAAAGGGACUAAGACAGAAACCGGUCUCGGCUUCGGUUUGAGAUCCUUCCCCUUUUUUUGUUUCUAAUGUACACAUUCGUAUGUAUACUUAUACUGCAAGGCAGUUUAUAUCGGUAAUAGAGAACACACUUGCCCUAUUUUACUUUAAAUCUGCGUUGGAGAAAUACGUGAAGAAAAAGAGAUCGGCGUAUGAUUACUUCGUGGGAUGUGCAAGAAAUGCGCAAAUGAUCGAAGAAGAAGCAAUAUUGCUCGCAAAUUUGCUCGACUUUUAUAGAUAUACACAACAGAGAAAGAGAAAAAUUGCGGAACCCACGACGAAAAGAAUGUUACACAGCGAAUCAAGCGAGUGUCGAGUAGAUUUAAGAUCUAAUACACUUCAUUGGUGCCACUCGCGAGGUCGUACGUCGGAGAUACUUUUAUGUACGUACAGCAAACUCGGAUUCAAAGUUGAAAUCGAUUUUAGACCACUUGACUUCGUCCUGA